UAUUCACUGAAAACCCCAAAAAUAGUAACUGUACAUCUGUACAUGUUUCUCUCUCUCUCUUUCUCUCUUUUUUUUCCUCUCAAUCUCUUUGUCCACCGAAAAAACACAAAGCAACAAGAGUUUUCCAGCAGAUUCCCAUCAUAUCCAUCAUCUCUCCUUCCACUCCAAACAAAACCAUGGAAUCCAACAACCUCUGCAUCUUCCUCCUUUCUUUUCCCCUCUUCUUCUCCACCACCUGAUCAAAAUAUAUACCACUCUUAUCUUCAUCUUCAACUUCAUCUUGAUCAAUCUAGUAAACAAGAUCACUCACUUAAAAUCUCUGGAUCUAGCUACCAACUGGGAAGAUUAAAGAUGAUGAAUAACCAUCAUCACCUCAACAUGAUGAUGCAGCAAAACACAAACAACACUGAAAGCAGUGCUCUUUCUUCAGACUAUGGUUCACCUCCAUCUUCAGCACUUACCAUAUUCCCUCCACCUUCAUCUACUUCAUCUACUUCAUCUUCUUCUUUAGCAUCACCACUAGCAUCAUCACCACCAUCUCCAUCUCCAAGCCGCUAUGAAUCACAGAAACGUAGAGACUGGAAUACCUUUGGUCAAUACCUCCGUAACCACCGACCACCCCUCUCGCUUUCCCGUUGCAGUGGGGCUCAUGUGCUGGAGUUCUUGCGCUACUUAGACCAGUUUGGCAAAACCAAAGUUCACGUUCAAAUGUGCCCUUUCUUUGGCCACCCAACUCCUCCUGCUCCUUGUCCUUGCCCUCUAAGACAAGCUUGGGGUAGCUUAGAUGCUCUUGUUGGCCGUCUUAGAGCUGCAUUUGAAGAGAAUGGUGGAAAACCUGAAAACAAUCCAUUUGGUGCUCGUGCUGUGAGAUUAUACUUGCGAGAAAUUAGAGACAUGCAAUCCAAAGCUAGAGGUAUUAGCUAUGAGAAGAAGAAAAGGAAGAAACAACCUACUCUUGCUCCUUCUCCUUCUUCUCCUUCUCCUUCUCCUUCUUCUUCUGGUCACCACCACCUCCACCACCACCAACUCAUGCCUCCACCACCACCCUCUGGUGCAACUUAAAAGCCCAAGUUAUCAAGUUAUCUUUGCCAUAUUGAGAAUUGCAGCUCUUUUCUUCUUUAACCUCUCUUCUUAGGUCAGUACUAUUACUUUUAAUUCAGUACUAGUGAUCAUUCUCAUUUGAACUUUGUGUUUAUUAUUGUUAUUGUUAUGAUGAUGAUGGUGAUGAUGAUGGUGAUGAUGAUGAUGAUGAUUGAUUAUAUUUUCUAUUUUUGAUGUUCUUGACAAGUUUGUGAUGCUAAAAAUAGUAAGGGAGAUGUUGAGAGAAUGUUGUUGUUGUUGUUUUGGUACCAUGUACUUUGUGCUUGUUGAAUGAAUGUUGUGAGUUUGCUGUUGUACUUGUUGAGUCUGG